GUCCAUUAAUCACCAUGUUCUCCCGCUCAUUCGGUCUCGUAAGACCAUUCGUCAGCGCACGCACCUAUGCCACCAAAAGUAAAACCACCAACCUCAAAAUGACUUCUCGUCUGCCCAUUCAAGAAUGUCAAUUGGCUGAUGGCAGUUUGUUUGUGACCCGUCAACCUCCUGUCUCACCUGCUGUCCAGAGCACCGCCCCUGUAUUAAAGAAGGCUGCUACGGAAACAAAGGUUCUUUCAGAGAGUGAGAAAGAGGAAAUGCGCCAAUUGAGAGCACAGGAUCCCGCACGGUGGACACGGAAACGUUUGGCAGAGAAAUUUGGAUGUUCUGAAAUUUUUGUCGGUAUCAAUGCACCAACCACCGUCAAGCGUGCUGUCGCAGCCGAGCAAGAACCUACAAAAGAAUACGGUUACAGACGCCAGUUGAUCAAAAAGAACAGAGAGAGAAGAAAGGAGUUGUGGUAGAUUUAGUCCUCCGAGAGAGAUAAAGAGAGGGGGAUUGUUUGUCAAAAAAAAGAAACAUACAUACAUAAAGAAAAAAUAAUUACAGAAAGAAGACAUCUUCCCUUAUUAUUUCUAUUUGAAGAGAUGCAGGAUCCAAAAGAAAUGACCUUCCGAACAUCUUUAACAGUUUGAUAUAUAAAUGU